GAAAAGCAAGUCUGCCGCGCAGAAAACUAACAUGAAGCCAAGGGACCUGGUUCUGCUGCUUUCCGAAAUUGAGAACUCGACAAUGCGGUCUCGCGAAAGUGCUGUCGAAAAUUCCAAUACCAUGGACGCCAAUAACAAAAGGACGCGAAUAAGGAAAGGACGCCAAGGACAUGGAUUACGCCGCGAUAUUUCAUUUCAGAUGCAGGGUCUGUCCGCGAUGGAACAGCCUCGGUGGACAACGUCAUGGACAGCGCAUCGGACGGCCGACGCCGGAUGUACCUGGCGAUGGCGGCCACGUACUUUGGCACCGUUACCACGGGACUCACGUACGCGUACUCUUCUCCCGCGCUGCCCGACAUCCGGCGCAACCUGCAAAUCAGUGAGGAGGAUGCGGCAUGGUUCGGCUCACUCAUGCUCGCCGGAGGCAUCGCCGCCGGAGUGUUCUCAGGGCAGCUGCUAAGCCUGACUGGCCGCAGGGGCUCCAUGGUUGUGGGGGCCGUGUUGUUCGCAGCCGGUUGGCUCAUGCUCGCCUUCGCCAAUUCAAAGGGUCUUCUCUUCUCCGGCCGCUUCCUCACGGGCUCAGGAGUGGCCGUCAUAUCCACAACGUCCGCAGUGUUCGUGGCUGAGGUGGCUCCCACCAGCCUGCGGGGAGCGCUGAACACGGGCUGUAACUUCAUGCUCGCUCUGGGAAUCUUCGUGGGCUACGUCAUGGGCAAGUGGCUGAACUACCAGUGGCUCGCCGCUGCAAGCUUCGUCCCAGCUGUCAUCAACGGCCUCGCUUUCUUGCUCUACGUCAGGGAGUCGCCAUUGUGGCUCCUGCAGAAGGGACGCCGCAAGGAGGCCGUGGAAGCUUUGCAGUUCUACCGGGGCACGCACACAGAGAACGAAUUCAAGGCCAUGGAAAGCAGCGUCACCGAAGGCGCCACGGGACUCACCCUCGGCGACUUCGCUCAGCCUUACGUCUACAAAUCGUUUCUGUGCGCCCUUCUAACUCUACUCAUGCAGCAAGUGUCAGUCGUCAACAUUCUGCUCUUUUUCGCUCAAGACAUCUUCCAGGAGGCCGGGGUUGCCAUGGCUCCCGACGACUGUGCCAUCGUUGUGGGCGGGAUGCUGGCGUUGUUCUUCCUCGUCGCCACCCUGCUCGCUGACAAGGCCGGGCUCAAGCUUCUCUUCAUCUUUUCUACCGCACUGUCCGCAGCCAGCUUAGUAGCGCUGGGCUUGUGCUUCCACCUAAAAGACGGGAAUGGCCAAAGUUUUCUGGACAACUACGGCUGGCUUCCUUUGGCAUCUAUCGUACUGUACUUCAUCGGUUACUCCCUCGGGCUCGGCCCGCUGCCCUUUGUGUUCAUAGGAGAAUUGAUACCAUUGAAGGCCAAAGGUGUGGCAACCUCUGCGUGCGUAGUCCUCUUCUACAGUUUCGGCUUCCUCAUAACCAAGACGUUUGCAGACUUAGUGCACCUCGUAGGCACUGGAGCCGCGUAUUGGUUCUAUGGCGCACUACUGGCCGUAACGCUGCUUGUAUUUUCUAUAUUUGUUCCUGAUACGAAGGGGAAGACUCUCGAUGAAAUCGAACAAAUUUUCGGUAAGAAAGUCGUACCCACACAGCUGUAUAUUAUGGGUGAAGUGGUAACGUGCCAUCUUUAAAAACCGUACAAGAAAUUUGAGCCUCACUAACAAUCUUGACGCCAAACACUGUUUCUACGGUUUAGUGGAAGGCCACAGCGGCGCCAUUCGUGCCAACAUGGCACAUCAGAAUCUCCAUUUUACUUUUAACAAAAAACGGAUGGUUGAGAAUUGAGGGAUCUUCUACAGGUCUAGCCGUUAGUGGCGGCUUUGGAAAUGCAACUUUUUUUACUUAAGAUUGCUUCACAUGUAGAUAACGUGAUGUAACUACAACCACACAACAAUUUUUGCAGGUGCUAUGUUUCUCUACAGACCACG